AGCAACAGCAGCAAUGCAACAUGCCGCCUCAACCACUGAUAAAUCAACACAUGAUAUCGUAGCAAGCGGUGUGGCUCAGUUAUCAACCCAAGCUAUUAGUUCACUACCAGAUUUACGUAAUCGUGUAAGAGUUGCAUGUUGUUUUGGAAUUCUCGAACAUUGGUAUCCAAUUGAACAAUUAAUUAGUUUAUCUGCUGUUCCACAAGAGCUGGUUGAUUUAAAAACUGAUGGUAUGAAAAACAUUUCAAUGAUAACAGCUUCAAAAUUGUAUGUUCGAGGUGCUACAAAUGGUGUUACAUGUUCAUGCAAAGGAGGAUGUAAAAAUAAACAACGUGCAUGUAAGAAAACUGGUGUUUUUUGCUCAACAAAAUGUCAUAAAAGUAAUGCAUCUUGUCAAAAUCAAGAAAACUAA